CUGCCUGAUGGGUUUGCUUGCUACUUUCUCUCGUCUGUUUCAUUAGAGGAGACAAAUCUGCUGUCAGCUCGCCACAUUUCCAAUUUACAGAUAAUGAUUCUUGCAUGAAAAUUGAUCGAGGGGGCUUCAGAUGCUGCUGCUGGAGUGUGUGCGCUUGUGUCUUCUGCCUCAUCUGCUGUGCUACUGCUUGUAGCCCGGGGGGAGUUUCGCGUGUGUGUCCUCCUCUGCCCUCCCCCCUUCUGAGUCACCGAUGGGACGCAAAGGGAAAGAGAUCAGGGGGGAAACGCAAAGUGGAGCUCCGGAGAGACCCUUCGUGUGACCGCGGAAGAGUGCACGAAAAACCAUCGCGCCACGGUUUGGGGAGUCCCCAUUCUUGUUCCACGCCAGCAAAUAAAACAAAGCCAAGCCGCUUUCUCCUUGACAACACAAGAGAGAUCGUGUUUUUUUUCCUUUUGAUCUGAACAUGAAGUCUGGUUGGAGACAAAUCUACUGACCCUCUCGGCCUUGACAUUCAGCGGUAUAUAAUAACGAAACGUAGGAGACGCUGCUUGGCUCACAUGUCUCCGUGUUGGUUAUUUCUACAGCUUUAAAAUACACAUACUUCUGUCUAUAUUUUUGAGGAUUUUUAUGUGUUGAAGAAGUGAAGUCCCGUCUGAGAAGCGAAGCAUCAAUGAGGUAUGGCAGCUUGCUGUAGCGCUCGUAAGUCCCCAUCCUGAAGAAUUUGCAAGUGACCUGCUGCUGAACUGUUGCCCUGUUUGCCAAAAGCUAACGAGACCUUUUUGUGCUGUAGUCCUGCGGUUCGCGCCCCCUCCCCCUUUUUAUCUGCUUGCACCUUUCUGCUCAUUAUGGGAAUGUAUUAAAACCAUGUUUGGACUGAAGUUACCUCUGUAUUACUCAGGCAUGAGCCAUGAGCCAAAGUCGCCGUCUUUAGGAAUGAUCUCGACAGCCACUCGGACCACUGCCACUGUCAGUCCUUUGAACCCCUCCCCCAUCAAUGGCUCCCUUGUACCCAACGGCAGCCCAGCAGCCAGCAGCAGUUUGUCAGUCCAGUCUGGGCCCUCCUCUAGUUUUGCUGCAGCACUGCGUAAACUUGCAAAACAGGCAGAAGAGCCUAGAGGAUCUUCAGUAAGCAGUGAGUCAUCACCAGUCUCAUCACCAGCAACCAAUCAUAGCUCUCCUGCCAGCACACCCAAGCGAGGUCCUUUGGCACCAGUCAUCGUUCCUUCUGGGUCCCACAAUGUCCCCAGUACUCCACCUGUGGUAACAAUUGCACCUACAAAAACUGUCAACGGAGUCUGGAGGAGUGAUAGCAGACAGCCAGAGGCAGGGUCUCGAGGCAGCAGCAGGGACCGUCUGCUCACAGAGACACAGAUGCAGCAAGAGAAAGCAGGAGGUUCCUCUCUACCUUCCCAUAUCCUCACAGCACCGUACCCAUUUAGUAUCCCUUCGAACACUGUAGUCCAGGAUUCCCGUUUCCCUCAUUUAAAUUUACAACGCCCUGUUCACCAUGUGGUUCCACCCAGUAGUGUCACAGAAGAUUACCUGCGCAGCUUCAGACAGUACCCUACAGCAGAAGACCUGAGAAUGCCCUCACUUUCACCAAUUGGUCUGGAUCCAGCCACUGCAGCAGCCUAUUAUCAUUCUGGGUUUCUCACGCAACAUUCAUUUCCCCAUCCAGCAUACAGAAUGGAAGACUCGUACUGCCUUUCAGCACUUAGAUCACCAUUCUACCAGCUUCCAAACCUGAGUGGCAUACCCCCACUUCAUCCUUCCACUAUGCACUUACAUCUACCUGGAGUAAGGUAUCCAUCCGACCUUUCCCACUCUUCCCUCUCAGGACUACCGCCUGAUCGUAUAUCCAGCCUGGCUGCAGAAAGGCUUCAGAUGGAUGAAGAACUCUUACGUCGAGAAAGAGAACGUGAGAGAGAAAGGGAAAAGGAAAGAGAAAGAGAAGCAGAUCGUGAGAGGGAGAGAGAGCGUGAACGUGAACGUGAAAAAGAACUGGAAAGAGAACGGGAGAAGGAAAGAGAAAGAGAGCUGGAAAGACAGAAGGAAAGGGCACGAGAAAAAGAGCAGAUUGCUGCCAAAGUUGUGGAAAAUCAUUUUUUGCAGAAACCAGAAAUGCAUGGAAUCAGAAGCCACCAAACAGAUGACAGGAUCAAACCCACGGACAGACUGACACCAAAUUGGCCUGAUAAAGCCAAGGAUGCUGCAAGCCAAGCUCCAAAAGCAGUUCAGCCUACUUUACACCAGAGUCAAGCUUCCCACCAUAAUGUACCUAGCCUUAUCUCUAGCCACAGUGUUUUUGUACCGCCUCCUAGUAGUAGUAACAGUUCAUCUGCUGUCAUGCAUUUUCAGAAGGCCAAUGAGGAGGAGAAAUGGCUAGCAAGACAACGGAGACUGCGACAGGAAAAGGAAGACCGACAGUAUCAGGUGUCAGAGUUUAGACAGCAAGUGUUAGAACAACAUCUAGACAUUGGACGACCUCCAAACACAACUGAAGGAGAAUACAAGACAGACAGCCAGAGAUCUGGACUCAAUCGUCAUGAACCAAGUCUUCGGGACCAGUCUCAGCAGCUUGGAGGACCACCUCCUCUCAUCUCUCCCAAACCCCAAUCACACACACUGCCAACAUCACUGUGGAAUCCUGUUUCUCUUAUGGACAACAGCACUGAGCACCGUCGGAACCAGGAAAACCACAUUGCACUCCAUGGCCACACUACCCUUUGUGAGCCAAGUCGACAGAGGAGUUUUGGCUCAGAUAAACUUGAAGAAAGUGCCAGAAGGAAAGAAACAUUGGACAGGUACCAGGCAGGCAGGGAGACUGUUUCAGAACAUGGAGGGCAUUCUCUUGGGCCUUUCCUGGCUGAGCUAGAGAAAUCUACUCAGAGCAUCCUUAAUCAGCAGAAGGCGUCUUGGUUGGGGCAGUAUGGAGACAUCAGUGUUGCCAGGAAGUCUAGUCCACCCUACAGGCACACGCUGCCAAAAGUAUCUGAUGUGUGCAUAUAUGAUGAGUUCCUUCAGCAACACCGCCGCUUAGUCAGUAAACUGGAUCUGGAAGAAAAGAGGAGGAGGGAAGCAAAAGAGAAAGGUUACUACUAUGAUCUGGAUGACUCAUAUGAUGAGAGUGAUGAAGAAGAGGUGCGAGCUCAUCUACGCAGAGUUGCUGAACAACCCCCGCUGAAACUAGAUACAUCAACUGAGAAACUUGAGUAUUUGAUGAUUUUUGGUCUGACCACUUAUUCCAAGAAAGAAGAAAUAUUGUUACAGAAGCAAAGAAAGAGAAGAAGAAUGUUAAGAGAGAGAAGUCCAUCCCCAGCACCUGUUCAAGGGAAGCGGCAGACACCUUCACCACGGCCCUUGCUCACCACUCGUUACACCCCAGAUGAGAUGAACAGCUCUCCCAGCUUUGAAGAUAAAAAGAAGUUCCUGACUGCAUUUAACUUGACACAUAUAAACAGUGAGCAUCAUAAAGCUGACCAUUCAGCAGCUCAUCCACCUGUAGAAUGUGAAAAGCCAUCCAGUAACCUCAGUAUCACCACCAGCUCUGUAAAGUUCACCUCAGCUGCUAGCACUCCACUGCAGUUCGAGUCCAGCAAAAUAGUAGAUCCCUCCAAACCUGACCAGUCUGGAUCCAUAGAGCCUUUAAGACCUAAAGAAACUGCUUUUGUCCCCAGUGAAAGGCCCAGAUUAUAUGAAGUGCAUUCUGGGAGGAAGAAUCUAUUGAGUUAUAUGCGCAGUUCUGUGCCCAAGGACAGCACCAGUUCUACAUCCCAUAAUGUGAAUGGGAAGAACAAGACCUGGGAGCCUUUCAUAGCAGAGGAGUUUGCACACCAGUUUCACGAAUCAGUGCUACAGUCAACACAGAAAGCACUACAGAAACAUAAAGCAUGCUCUGCAAUACGGAAUGCAGAACAGAAUCAUAAAGUUGAAGCUUCUGUCCAUUACAAUAUUCCUGUACUACAGACCUCAGUGAAAUCUUCUGUGUCAAAGCAGGAUGGGCAACCUGAUGACCAGCAAGCAAAGAAGGGGUCAAUCCAAGAGCAGGAGGAUGAACAAAGUGAAGAAGAGUGUGAAGAUGAGGAGGAAGAGGAAGAAGAUGAAGACGAAGAGGAUGAGGAGGAGGAUCAUCCAAGACCAAAAUGGCAGGGAAUUGAAGCAAUUCUGGAAGCAUACCAGGAGCACAUAGAAGAACAAAACAUUGAAUGCCAAGUCCUACAGAACCAGUGCAGACGUCUGGAGGCCCAGCACUAUACACUCAGUCUCACAGCAGAGAAGCUUUCUCACAGGAUGUCGGAACUUUUGGCCCAGAAACAGAAGUUUGCAUCAGAGAGGGAACGGCUUCAAGCUGAACUAGAUCAUUUACGAAAGUGCCUUGUACUGCCACAAAUGCAGUGGUCUAGGGGUUACUUCAGGGGGUAUCCAAGGUGACACUCCCCAGCCUCUCUUCUACUGCCACCACAACCUCCUGCACUAGGCCGAACAUAAAGAAAGAAAGAGUAUCUAUUUUAUUAUUUUGAAUAAUUAAAAUUUUUUUACUGGGAGGACUGAAGCUAAACUGAAAGAAAUAUUUUAAGAUCAAGAAUGUGCCAUGCAUGACGCAAAAGGUUAUGGAUUCCCAAAGUAUCCCACCAGAUAAUAUUAACUUCAGUGCUGUUAGAUGUUAGCAUUUUACAUACACACAUGUAAGAAGCCUUGUUUCUUUGUGUAAAAUUUUAACAUGUAAAAUUCAUGGUUUCUGAAGAUGAAGACUCCUGUAACAACACUAAAUGUGUAUUUCAUCACAUAACUUCAUAUUAGCACUGUCGAUUAUAUCGACCCAUCCUCCUUUGGUUGCCAUAGUAACGUGACAAAGAAGAGGCCUUGAUUCUGCUGUAUCCUAUUGAAUUUUCUUGCCAGACUUUAUGUCGAGGAAAGACCCUUCCUGUUUCAGAAAGCACUGGUACAGCAAAGUGAAGAAGUCUAUUCCUUGAUUUCUUAACAUACCAGUAACAAUCGUAAAGCCUUUGCAAUGUCAUUUUUCCUGUGAGAAAAUGAGCUGCAUUACUUGAGAUCAUCUUGAAGUUAUCAGGCUUUUCAAUGGAAAUGCACUUAAUGAGUUAAAAAACUGAAGGUACCUUUGAAUUACUGUGCAAAAAGAUAAUUUACACAACUAUUACACAAAAUGUGCACCUGUAAACUUACCCCCCCCCCCCAAGAAUGGUGGGUUUUUAGAAAAUUCAAAAAGCCUGAAAUAAAAGGUGCUUCAGCCUUGUACUGUAAAUAAGUAAAAGAAAAUGUUUUGUAUGUUUUUAUUACGUUAAUUAUUGUUAUAAAAAGCUUGCCAUUUUUAA